UUCAUAUCCUUGAUGAAAACUGAUUUCAUCGAUAAAAUAAUAUUAUAUAAAUAAGAGCCUGCGGAAAAUAGCGUGCUCAAAAUAUUGCGACUCGUGCUUCGAACAUAUUUAGUUAUAAAAAAUCCCAGCCAUGAGAGGCGAAACGUUGUUUAUUGUAAUUAUAAUAAUCUUGGCAACUGUGUCGUUGACUACCCCCGCACCUACUUGCUGUGGCCAAAGCAAGAAGCGGGUGAUAGUUGUUAAAAAGGUUCGCCAACCACAACCUGUAUGUUGUGAACCCGUUCACCAACCACCUCCGCAGCCCGUGUGUUGUGAAUCGGGACAUCAACCGCAGCAAGGCGGUGGUUUCGGGUUCGGCGGCGGUGGCGGAUUCGGCGGUGGGUCCGGUGGCGGAUUCGGAGGGGGCGGUGGAUUUGGCGGCGGUUUUGGCAAGUGAAGGAGACCACAUCCAUAUUGUGUUUUUGCUAAUUUUUUAGUUGAUAAAUAUAAUAAAGCGUCCAAACUGUU